AUGUCAUCUGGACUAACAAAUGCUCCAGCAGCCUUUAUGGAUAUGAUGAAUAGGGUUUUCAAACCCUUUCUUGAUAUGUAUGUGAUUGUAUUUUUAAAUGACAUCUUUAUAUAUUCACGUGAUGCCAGAGAACAUGAAAAUCACUUGAGAGCUGUCCUACAAACACUCAGAGAGCACCAACUAUAUGCCAAGUUCUCAAAAUGUGAAUUCUGGAUGAACUCGGUGGCUUUUCUUGGCCAUGUUGUCUCUAGUGAAGGCAUUAGAGUAGACUCCCAAAAAAUUGAGGCUGUAAAGAGUUGGCCUCGACCUACUACUCCAACGGAGGUGCGUAGUUUCUUGGGACUUACUGGAUAUUACCGCAGGUUUGUAGAGGGAUUCUCCUCUAUUUCUGCACCAUUGACCAAGUUGAUGCAAAAGGCUAUGAAGUUCCAAUGGUUCGAUGCGUGUGAGAAAAGCUUCCAAGAGCUGAAAGAUAGGUUGACUAAGGCGCCAAUAUUGGCCUUACUAGAGGGUACAGAAGGGCAGAGAAGGUGGCAAGAGUUGUUGAAGGACUAUGAUGUGAACAUCCUCUACCACCCAGGUAAAGCUAACGUGGUAGCAGAUGCUCUUAGUCAACUAUCUAUGGGAAGUCUAGUACAUUUACCAUGUGUACAACAGGAAGUAGUACGAGAUGUUCACAAAUUAGCCAGCUUGGGAGUUCGACUUCUUGAAGCAGAAGAUAGAGGUGUAGUCGUGCAGAAUACUGCCGAAUCAUCAUUAGUGGCAUUGGUGAAAGAGAAACAGUAUGACGAUCCAAUAUUCCAACAGUAUCGAGAAGGGAUUCGUGAGCACCAAAUUACUGCAUUCAAUUUAGCAGAAGAUGGCACCUUGAGAUGUCAAGGCAGACUGUGUGUUCCAAAUAUACAUGGGUUAAGGCAAAAAAUCAUGGAUGAAGAACAUUGUUCCCGAUACUCAAUUCAUCCAGGCUCCACAAAGAUGUAUCAUGACCUUAAGGAGGUCUACUGGUGGAAUAACAUGAAAAGGAAUAUUGCGGAAUACGUGGCACAAUGCUCCAAUUGCCAACAAUUUAAAGCAGAACAUCAGAGGCACCCGGUGGCCUAG